UUAGCAGAAUCGAUCUAACCAACCGUGUUUGACAAGAACUAAAAUGAACUCAAAGUUUUAACUUGUGCUUAAUUAUUAAAGUUAGAUAGGUAUUUUGUGAAAAUUACACAAUAAAAAUAUUAGAAGAUGUCGGAUCCUACAAUACAAACCUUUUGUUGUCAUCAUUCAGGAAAUCAGGAGGAUAUGGCUGUCAAAAUUAUGAGUGAAUUCAAUACGGAUUCAUAUAACACUGUUUGUUUGGUUUCAUCUACUGUUGGUAUCUUGGGGGCUUUGUAUCAGGUCUAUCCAUACGUUACUAAAAGAGUUACAGACGGGCGCACGUUAUCAUCGAUUCGAGGACGGCGCAUUAUCAUGUGGCUGGCCGUCGCAGAUUUAUUAGCAUCUUUCGGAGUCCUGGUUCGUUCUUCACUGUGGCUAAGGUACAAAAAUAUCAUGCCCAUGCCUGAUGAUGAUGUUAGUGUGUUAUUCUGCAGUUUAAUAUCAGCUUGGACUCAAUAUUUCUAUACAGUGACUUGGUUUUGGACUUUAUUUUAUGCAAUUGAUACUUUUCUGGCUCUCAAAGGGCGUGAUUCUCAUCCUUUGUUAUAUCACUCCUUAGCCUGGGGAGUGCCUGCUGCCACAACAGGCAUUGGAUUGUCGAUACUUUACAUUCCCAAUGCUACCUGCCACAAUUUGACUUCAGUUUCAAAUGCCUUGUUGAGAGUCCUACCAAACUACUGUGCAACAUAUUUGCCAAUAGCCACUGUGAUGAUUGUAAAUCCUGUCAUGUAUUUACUAGCUAGUAAGAACAUUGAGAUGGCAGUGGCUUUACCUUUAGCUCAGUUUACCAGCAAAGAAAGAAGAGUGGUAGACACAUUGAAAAUUAAAUUCUGUCUCAUCAACACUGUAUUUUAUGUUUGUUGGUUACCAAAUCUUAUAAAUGGUGUACUGUUAUGGACAAUGUGGUUUACAAUUCCAGUUAAAUCUAUAAUUGUUAUAUGGUACAUAAUGGCGGUGUUCAACCCCAUGCAGGCAUUGCUUAAUGCUUUAGUCUACCGAAAAUGGAAUUCAGAUCGUCGAUUUGUACCAACCUUUUCAAGAGCUCAAAAAGAAUUUAACUUUUAUGAUGAACAGUCGCCGUUACUUGGGUCAGAACCACCUCGACUUAAGCUCAAUCCUAUUUUGCCAUCUAGUAUAAACAAUUAUGCAACAUUGUGAUAAGAAACAUACUAGUUAAGAACAUUCAAGUAUUAUAUUUUGUAGAUAAGUUGCACAGGGUAUUGUGUUCAUAUGUUUGCUAUGUAAGAUUAAGUUCCUUGAACCAGUGAUUAAACUUUGAUUUACUAGUGACUGCUUCUAAUGCCUUAAAAUAUAGUUGUUAAUGUAUAGUCUAGUGUGCAAAUGCUACAUAAUUGAACAGUGAUUUGUGAUUUAUGAUAAAUAUACUCUUUUUUGUAUGUUCCUAUGA